UGCUGCCGCCGCUCCAGCUGUGCGCCGCAUCUGGGCAGCUGCGGAGCCCCGGGGCAGGGCGAGGGGCUCGGAUCCGGAAUGACUCCGGAGCCACCGGGGUUGGGGGAGAAAGCGGGGGAGCCCCCGGGGCAUCGCCGGGCGGUGUCCCCUGAGCGGGGCAGGGGGAGCCCCGGGGGGGGGGAGCGGGGCGGGCGGGGAGGGAAGAUCCACCCCCGUGUUCGUGCCCGUGUCCUCCCUCCCUCCUCUUCCUCCCUCCUCCUCUUCCUCCUCCUCCUCCGCCGCCGCCGCCGCCCGUCCUCCCGCCGCGGCCAGCCGGGCCGGGGGCUGCGCUGCCGGGGCCGGGGGUCUGAAGGGGUCCGGGGGGGCUCUGAGCACUUGUGCUGGAAGUUGGCAACGCGAUGGGGAACGAGCGCUGGAAAACCAUGGGAGGAGCCUCGCAACUUGAGGAUGGGCAGCAGGAGAAAUCGCAGAGGAUGAGCUGCGGGUACAUCCUGUGCACGGUCCUGCUCUCGGUGGCCGUCCUCCUGGCCGUGACGGUGACGGGGGCCAUCCUCUUCAUGAACCACUACCACACCCCCGUCACCGAGUCACCCCCGGUCAUCAGCACCAACCCUGAGGAAGCCAACGCGCUGGUCACCAUCGAGAAAGCCGACAGCUCCCGCAUCAACAUCUUCAUCGACCCCAACUGCCCCGACGCAGCGGGCACCGUGGGGCGCCUGGAGGGGCUGCAGAGCUCCUUGCUGCGCGCCGUCACCGACCACGAUGCCGAGGCCAAGGCCAGCAAGAGCCAGCAGAAGGCUCUGCUGGUCACCGUGGCGGAUGAGGUGGCCAAGCUGCUGACACACGCCGUGCAGCUGCGUGCCGACUGCGACGGCCUCAAGAAGGGGCACAGCGCCAUGGGGCAGGAGCUCAGCGCCCUGCAGGGAGAGCAGGGCAGGCUCAUCCAGCUGCUCUCGGAGAGCCAGACCAACAUGGCUCGGCUGGUGAGCUCCGUCAGCGACGUCCUCGACACGCUGCAGAAGGAGCGAGGUGGAGCCCGGCCCCGGCUCAAGGCUGACCUGCAGCGAGCACCGGCCAGGGGAGCGCGGCCCCGGGGCUGCUCCAAUGGCUCCCGGCCCCGAGACUGCUUUGACAUCUAUGUGAGCGGACAGCAAGAGGAUGGGAUUUACUCCAUCUUCCCCACACACUAUCCCUCCGGCUUCCAGGUCUACUGUGACAUGACAACCGAUGGGGGUGGCUGGACGGUGUUCCAGCGGCGGGAGGACGGCUCCGUGAACUUCUUCCGUGGCUGGGAAGCCUACAGGGAUGGCUUUGGGAAGCUGACGGGGGAGCACUGGUUAGGGCUGAAGCGCAUCCACAUGCUGACAGUGCAGGGCAGCUACGAGCUCCGCAUCGACCUGGAGGACUUUGACAACGGCACCGCCUUCGCCCACUACGGCAGCUUCGGUGUGGGGCUCUUCUCUGUUGACCCCGAGGAGGACGGGUACCCCAUCUCCAUCGCUGACUACUCGGGCACAGCAGGUGACUCCUUCCUGAAGCACAACGGGAUGAAGUUCACCACCAAGGACCUGGACAACGACCACUCGGAGAACAACUGUGCGGCUUUCUACCACGGCGCCUGGUGGUACCGCAACUGCCACACCUCCAACCUCAACGGGCAGUACCUCAAGGGCCACCACAGCUCCUACGCCGACGGCAUCGAGUGGUCCUCCUGGACCGGCUGGCAGUACUCCCUCAAGUUCACCGAGAUGAAGAUCCGGCCUGUCCGCGAGGAGAAUUAGGUGGAUGGCAUGAGACCCCCCCCACCCCCUGCCCUUCCCCACCGCCCCAUUCCCCCAUCUCCCACCCUCCCCAUGCUCCCUAAGGGCUGACUCAUCUUCAAGAUGCACCUGGGAGCACCACUGAGGGUGUCUUUAGCCCCCAGGCACCCAUGGACAUCACUGGACCUUUCCUUCCUGCUGCCACAGCUCUCCUGCAGCCAAACUGGGUGUCCUGGACAGAGUGUGACCCACAGCUGGUGCCCAUGGCAGAGAGGGCUGUGGGAUGCAGUGAUGUGGGAAGUGGUACCCAGCAAGGAAAAGGAGGGAGGGAGCAGGGCUGCAGCAGCCUGGGCAGAUGGGACACCUCCAUUCAUCUCAGCUUCAGACACAGACACCCAGCAGUGGCCUCUGAACUGAGCUGAACAGGGACUGGGGGACACUCAGUGUGUGGAGCCCUGAGCCCCACAGAGCCCAGAGGGCAAAGCUGCUGCUCCAUGGUCCCAGCUCACCCCAUGGUGCUACUGGGAUGGGGAGGGCUCGGCUGUGCCGGCACCAGACUGUGGCAGUGACUCCUUCUCUGGUCUGUAAACCCCUCACCUCUCCCCCUGCAAGAGGAUGCAGCUACAAAGGGACAAACUCCUCAGUCCCCAUCGCCCCUGGCCUGGUGCUGCAAGGACCCAGCACUGAGCAGCACGGAGCUGUUUUAGCAGAGCUUGGAACAGGGAGCACAGCGAGGAGGAGGAGGAGAAGAGGAAGGCUCUCAGCACGGCUCUGCUGCAUUUUGCUGCUCUUCCCUCCCCAACCAGACCCACUCGGAUCCACGCUGGGCUUUCACCAUCCAAAAGCUGCAACCUUUCCCAAACCCCUUGGCUCGGGACAGCACAACCCAAGCUCUGCUCGCUCCCAGCCUGGGGAUCCGCAUUCAUUUCUGCCCAGGAUGAGCCAUGCUCUGGCUCAGCACCUGCAGAUAUUCAAAGCCUUUCAUUUCUUCAAAUCCCUUUAAGGUUUUGCAAAAAGAAGCCCCAAGUGGGGCUUAGCAUCUGCAGGGCCCUGAUAACCAGGCACAGGCGAAGGAUGCUUCUCGCCAGCCAACCCAAGGAGGAGCUGCUACAAGGUGUGGGGCUCAGUUCUGCCCCUGGCUCCCCGCAAAGACUCAAAUGGGGGAUCAAGUCCAAAAACUGACCCCAAAACAACCCGGCCUGAGUGGGCUCUAUGGGAGCAGAGCGGGGAGAGGGACAGCCAGGACCCUGCCACGCUUUUCUGCUUGUACUACAGCAGCGAUGGGGAGCAGAACCCCUGCCCUGUCCCCAAGGGACACCAUCAGACUGCCCGAGGACAGCAGGAAAGCUCCCAGCAUCCCUGUUUCCAGGGCAGCUUAAGGCACAGGGAGAUCAAAGGCUCAUCUUCCCUGCGUGCUUCUCCUUUCUUUUAAGCCUUCCCCACCUUGGAUCCUGUGCUGGACAAGCCCCUUCCUCCCGCUGGGCGAGUCCCUGUCUGCCUGUCCUGGCAGGAAAACAGGGACCAGUGAUGUGUUCGGGAUCACCGCAGCUCCCCCUCUGCCAAAGAUGCUCCUCUGAGCCUGCAGACAAGGACGAGCUCCGAGCGCAGGCACCAGCUCCACCGGCUCCAUCCCUGCCCACAGGCUGGAUGCUC